AUAAAUAUCCUCAUCCCCAUUUUCCAUCACGUUCUUCUCCAUCUGGUGGCGACAGGGAGAGAAGAAUCAGGGGAAUUCAUACUUCGUUUCUCUCAGACUACGAUAGCCGUACCGGAACCCUAAUCACAUCCAAUCUACAUCCAAUUUCAAUGUCGGACGCAUACUGUUCCGAUUGUAAGCGGAGCACUGAGGUAGUAUUCGAUCACUCGGCCGGCGACACCGUCUGCUCCGAGUGCGGUCUCGUCCUCGAGUCGCACUCCAUCGACGAGACCUCCGAGUGGCGAACCUUCGCCAACGAGUCAGGCGACAACGACCCCGUCCGUGUCGGCGGCCCUACCAAUCCUCUUCUCACCGACGGCGGCCUCUCCACCGUUAUUUCCAAGCCUAACGGUGUAACCGGCGACUUCUUGUCGUCGUCGCUGGGGCGGUGGCAGAAUCGGGGUUCGAAUCCAGAUCGGUCGCUAAUUCUUGCGUUCAAGACCAUAGCUACCAUGUCUGACAGGUUGGGCCUUGUAGCUACCAUAAAGGAUCGGGCUAAUGAGAUAUAUAAGAAGGUGGAAGAUCAAAAAUCUAGUCGAGGAAGAAAUCAGGAUGCAUUAUUGGCUGCGUGCCUGUACAUUGCUUGUCGAAUGGAAGACAAGCCACGCACUGUAAAGGAAAUUUGCUCUGUUGCCAAUGGAGCCACAAAGAAGGAAAUUGGCCGAGCAAAAGAAUACAUAGUGAAACAACUGGGGCUCGAGGCAGGUCAGUCAGUGGAGAUGGGAGCUAUACAUGCUGGUGACUUCAUGAGGCGCUUUUGUUCAAACCUAGGCAUGUCUAAUCAAGCCGUUAAAGCUGCUCAAGAAGCUGUCCAGAAGUCUGAAGAGUUUGAUAUAAGGAGGAGCCCUAUAUCAAUUGCAGCAGCAGUUAUUUACAUUAUAACUCAGCUUUCAGACGAGAAGAAGCCACUCCGAGAUAUAUCACUGGCCACAGGAGUGGCAGAGGGCACAAUCAGGAACUCGUACAAGGAUCUGUACCCUCAUGUUUCUAAAAUUAUACCCAACUGGUAUGCCAAGGAGGAGGACCUCAAGAACCUGUGCAGCCCAUAAAAUCGAUGGGGGGCAAACAGUUAACGGGGAGUAAAAUCCAAGAUGCCUUUGGAUCACAUUUUCUUCUCUCUUCUUUUUUCACUUCUGGUUUUUGUAUUGUUUAGGCCAUCGUUUGCCCACUUCUCUUUUAUAAAAUUGCUCGUGCUCUAGCAAUAAUUUAUGCCACUGUUAUAACA